UCUUCAUAAUUAUGCUACAUGUGAAACGACCAUUACCUAAAACUUGUACCAGUAGGGAGAUGGAGAUAUCUCGCACUCAUCAAGUGCUCAGUGCAGUAUGCAGUCAGCCUACAAGCAAUGAGACAGUGAUAGAGCUACUGCAAGAGCAUUUUAGAAUCAGACUCUGCAGUGAGGUACUCCCAUCAGUGUGGAAGAAAAUAGCAGAUCAUAAGGAGCCUGAGAGUUGUGUGGAGCAGUUCCAUUGUGCACUGUGUGAGCUGCAGACUGCCUGGGAUGAGUUGUUAGCCACUACACCUGGAGUGAGGGAGGCCCACUCAGAGCAGAGAGCAAGUCUGAUGAGAGUACUGCACACUUCCCUGGCCAUCACUCACCCUCCCUCCCUGCACACAGCUGUAGUCAACGUCUGUCAGCAUUCUAUCAGGACAUGGAACAAGAGAUGCAAUGAUGCCGAUGUUUCCAUGGAUACAGACAGCCCUGAUGAUUUCUGGUCCCAGUUCACACUCCUAGUGUCAGUGAUGAGGGCGUUGGGAGUCGUGUCAUUCUUCAUGGAGCAUUCCGUGGGGAGUGUGGUUAGGAAAGAGGUGGUGGGUGUGGUUAAGGAGGAGUGUUCGGGGGAGUUUGAGAGCCCACUGAUAGAGGAACUAGUCACUUCAGUGCAGGAGAGGAUCACUAACUGGGUCGCUCAGAUCUAUGGAGGGGAAGAGGACAAGACGUACUGGAUGCCUCACGUUGAGUACCUCACCUACAAGAGUUUCGGAGAACUGAGGAUCAGUGAACUGUUUGACAUUCUAGUGGACUUUCCAGACUCUGAGGCUGCACUACACGACCUCAGGGCAUGUCUGGGCAAAGUCAACCUCAGGACCAACCUCAUAGCCAGCCUCAAGACAGCGUUUGAGCAACGGCUACUGCACCCUGGAGUUGACACUGCUGACAUCAUCACUCAGUAUGUGUCCGCUAUCAAGGGUCUGCGUAUCCUAGACCCGAGUGGUGUGGUGUUGGAGCAGGUGUGUGACCCAGUGAGGAGGUAUCUGCGUACGAGGGAGAACACUGUACGCACCAUCGUGGCUAGUCUCAUUGACGACAGUGAGAUUGCCGAUGAGCUGGUGGUGGGUGAGCCGGUACUGGUGGACCUGAACGAGGAGAGUGACGGGGAAGAGGGAGACUACGAGUCAUGGCAACCUGAUCCCAUUGAUGCUGACCCCACUAAGACCUCAAGAAGCAGGCAGACUUCAGACAUUAUCAGUUUGCUGGUGAACAUCUACGGGAGUCGUGAGAUGUUUGUUAACGAGUAUCGUAACCUCCUAGCAGACAGGCUCCUGCAGAACACCGGCUACAACACAUCUAGAGAGGUACGCAAUCUAGAGUUGCUGAAGCUGCGCUUUGGAGAGUCUAACCUCCACUUCUGUGAGGUGAUGGUCAAGGACAUUGCAGACUCUAAGAGGAUCAAUGCGUACGUCCACACAAAGUUACAAAAAGAAAAAGAAGGGCAAGAAGCUGAAGCUGUCAGUGGUUCUGAGUUCAAUGCUUUCAUCCUCUCCCAUGUGUUCUGGCCCACUUUCAGAGAGGAAAAGCUCAAAAUUCCUGACUUUGCACAAAAGCAGCUGGAGAAGUACUGUGAGCUGUACAAAGGCCUCAAGGGCAUGAGAACAUUGGAGUGGAAAUCACACCUUGGUCUUGUCGACGUUGAGCUUCAGCUAGAAGACAGGGAGCUAUCCUUGUGUGUAUCUCCUUUCAGGGCAUCUAUUAUCUACAGAUUUGGAGAAAAAAGCAAAUGGACAGUUGAUGCUCUUAGCAUUGUCCUAGAGGCCCAGCCAAGUGCUGUAAGGAGACAUCUCGGCUUCUGGGUGAGCCAAGGAGUGCUUAGGGAGAAGCCAACUGACACGUUCAUUGUCAUAGAGCGGCAGCAAAAAGGAACAGCUACAAGCAGUCGAGAUAUGGAAGAUGAUGAUGAGUCAGCAACAGUGUCGGCUGAGGACCAGAGGGAGAACGAGUUCCAGGUGUACUGGGCAUACAUUGUGGGCAUGCUUAAGAGUCUUGGGAAAAUGAACAUUGACAAGAUCCACUCUACUCUGAGGAUGUUUGCCAUGCAGGGAGACGGUAGUCAAGAGUGCUCACAGACCCAGUUAAAGGUGUUCCUUGAUCGCAAGGUGAAGGAUCAGGAACUGUGUAUGUCUGCUGGACUGUACCAUCUACCAUGACAGACUGACUACUACCACUCAUUGAACAUCAUUGUUAUUUACAUUGUGUUGUGUGUGUAUGAUUGUUCCUGCUGCUCUCGUGACAAUUCACUUCAUUUUUCUCCUACGUAAUGUACUCUGAAAUAAUUAUGCAAUUUC